AUGGUCCCUCCACCAAGAGCGGGAUCGUUCUCACCAAAUCCUGCACAGUCUCUCCAGACGGGAACUGGCCACUCGCCGCAUCCGUCUCACGCGGGUGUACUGAGCGCUGGCGCGAGCCCCAGCACCAGCAGUCCGACGGGGACCAACUCCCUGAUCAAGAUUGUUGUCGCCCAAGUCUAUCUUCUGCUUAGUACCAUCAAAGAAGACAAGGAUCGCGCCAAGUGGGAAUUGCAGGUCGAUCAGCUUAAAAAGCUCAUCGAUGAACACGGGCUCAACCGACCCAUCACGAACCCGGGCAGUUACCACAUCCUCGUCGCUGAGAUGCGAAAAAUUGCGCACGAUGUCGACCAAGCCAGCAAGAUUGCCGAAUCGGUGGAAAGCGGCACCGAGGACAUCUUUCGCGACUUCGAUCUCUCGACCUUCAUGGAACAUUUUAAGCUUGAUGCACUGGAGAAGACGCUGCUGGCUCUGGCUUUCAAGACUGGGUCUCGUUCCGACUUGAAGACCAAAGCUGACGCUAUCUUGUCGACAAACUUCUCGAGUUUCAUUGACAUCGUAUCGCGCCCAGAUAUCGAGGCCCAUGCAGAUCUCACGCCCGCCUUCCUUGCGUUCGUCGUCGAUCGAUUCCUACAAUAUCAUCCUCCCAGCUUCAACGCCUCCUCCAGGCGCGAUCUUCAGAACUAUGUCGUCAAGCGAUACGUAGCCAUGGAUCAGGCCCCGCCUUCCGAGGUCUUGGCCGCGCUCGACAUUGGCAGAGUCCUUGCCGACAGACCGGCAAACUCGUUGGCCCGAUCCAUUCAGAGGACCGGUGCUGACUUUACCCGGGAUGAGGAGACAUGCCUCUCGUACUUGCAGGGUCGUCCAAGCAACAUGCAGCUUAGUCCCGAUCAGGUUUCGGCAGCACUAUUCUUCACGGCCGUCACCCAGACUCCGCAGCAUGAUCCGGCAACGCUCACCGCUGCUCUGCUGCGGGUGCUUCCAAGGACAUUCGACUGGACCGAGGUCGUGCUGCUCUUCGACCAGGCCUCGGCACGCAUCUCGUCGAUUCAGUUUCUGCGACUCUACAAAGCGCUGCUGCCGAUUGCCCAGGAUCCCAAGUUCAACUUCGAUAUACAGCGACUCUGGGGCGGGUCUUGGAGCGAGCCAGAAGCUCAGUUGUCCUUUGUCAGUGCAUACGCGUCGUUGACGCCGGAGCAGCUCGACGCGACUACAAUCCCGGGAUUGCACCGAAGCAUCAACAUCGAAGACUACGCUAAAUCUCCAGCAAACGUGCAGGAACGGGCUGCAGUUGCCGUCAAGCAUCCUCUCGUCUCCGUCGCUGCCCUGUCCGCCAUUUUCAACGUCGCCUUGAACUCCGUCCACGCUUCGCAGAGCGUCGAGGCCAAGCGUCUAUUUCAAGAGGUGGUGGUGCCCAACUUGGACAUCUUUUUGGUGUCUGCCUUUGAAGUUCCGAGACAGUCCUGGGCAACCAUGGCGGUUGAUACGUUGAACUCGCUCUUCGAAAACUUCUUGUACAAGCGAUCCCCCGAGUACGAUUUCGUCCUUGACAGCUUGUGGAAGAAGGAUAGGGACUGGGUUGUUCAGCGGCUGAUUGACGCCCACGCCGUCAAGCCAGUCGAUCUACCCCUGGUUUUCGAUCAUGCCAUUAAGCAUGGUUGGCUUGACGAGCUCAUCUAUCUCCCCAAUGGCUUUGGGAUCGAUCUCGCCGCCUUUUCGCAUGCAGAGGGUCGUCUUGAUUUGGCAAAUUGGGCGCGGUUCAACGCAGACAGAAGCGUCGAGAUUGCGCGCACCUUGUUGCAAUUCUUGAUGAUCAAAGCCAACCUGGAAAUCCAGUUCCAGCGGCCGCCUGACGGACAGCCGCCGGUGAAGACGAGCACCAGCCUACAAGUCCGGACGGUCUCGGCUCUGCUGCAGAUACUUGAAGACUUUUUGCCCAAGGCGCCGGUCCAAGACCUUAUCCUGGUUCAACGCCAUUGCAUCACCGCAUACCCUCGAUUGAUCAACUACGGCGAGGGCUACGACGACAUCAUCGAUGCGAACGGCAGGGAAGGCAACGCCUUGCCAACGGCUGCCAACAGCAAGAUGGAGGAACACUACAAGAAGAUGUACGGGGACGAGCUCCAGGUCCGCACCAUAGUAGACAUUUUGGAUCGAUACAAACACUCGCGAGAUUCCUUGGACCAAGAUGCCUUUGCUUGCAUGAUCCACGGCCUUUUCGACGAGUACAACCACUACGUCGACUAUCCCUUGGAGGCUCUAGCAACAACGGCCGUUCUCUUUGGUGGCAUAAUAUCUCACAAAUUGAUAUCGGACCUGCCCCUCAAGAUUGGCCUGGGAAUGAUCCUCGAAGCAGUGAGGGAUCAUAUGCCGGACGAUCCAAUGUACAAAUUCGGUCUCCAGGCUUUGAUGCAACUCCUGGUUCGCUUCCGAGAAUGGCCUGGAUUCUGCAAACAACUGCUGCAAAUCCCCGGGCUCCAAGGCACAGAGGCGUUCAAGAAGGCUGAGGAGAUUGUCAGGGACCACGAAGAAGAGCUCGCGCGCUCCCGAAACGGCGCAGGUACGCCGCACGGUCUCAGUUUUGCCGGCGACUCGUUCAUGAACGGUAACCCAGAGGAACCUGUCGUCAACGAUCGCCAGGCCCCCCCUUUCGCCGCCAUCGGUGUCGACCCAGUCCCCCCCGGUAUCGAACUCGAGGAGCCAGGUGAUGAGGAUCAGGGCAAGAUCCAGUUUGUUCUGAACAACAUCACGGAGGGAACCCUUCAAUCCAUGCGCCUCGAGCUGCGUGAGUUAUUGGAACGCAAGCAUCGGCAAUGGUUCGCCAGUCACCUUGUCGAAGAGCGGGCCAAAAUGCAACCCAACUACCACCACGUCUACCUGGAGCUCGUGAAAAUCUUCGAAGAUAAUGCCCUCUGGAACGAGGUGCUCCGCGAGACCUACAUCAGCGUAGCCCGGAUGCUUAAUUCGGAGCUUACAAUGCAGAACUCGACGGAACGAACGCAUCUCAAGAAUCUGGGCGGCUGGCUCGGCCUUUUGACACUGGCUCGGGAUCGGCCCAUCAAGCACAAGAACAUUGCUUUCAGGCAGCUGCUGAUCGAAGCCCACGACACGAAGAGGCUCAUUGUCGUGAUACCUUUUGUCUGCAAGGUUCUCAUCCAAGGCGCCUCGUCUGCAGUCUUCCGACCCCCUAACCCCUGGCUCAUGGACAUUAUUCACCUUCUCAUCGAGCUUUAUCACCAUGCCGAGCUGAAGCUCAACCUCAAAUUCGAGAUCGAAGUGCUCUGCAAGGGUUUGAACCUGGACCACAAAAGCAUCGAGCCUUCGGGGGAGAUUCUCAAUCGUCCGUCAAUGGAAGACGCGGCUGAGAUUCUUCCGCAGGAUCAGUUGGACGCUUUCGAGAAGCUGUCCUUGAACGGCAUUGGGUCUGUUGUUGGCGCAGGCUUGUCCCCCCAGGCUGUUGCGCCUGCUAUACCCGAUGUCGGGCCAUUGAUCAACAUACCCCCGACGAACGAGAUGGUGGUCAGCUCAACGCGUCUGCAUGAAAUCGUGCGAACUGCCUUGACACGUGCUCUGCAAGAUAUUAUCCAGCCUGUUGUGGACAGGUCCAUCACGAUUGCAGCUAUAUCCACGGUGCAGAUGAUCCGCAAGGAUUUUGUUUCGGAGCCAGACGAGAACCGUUUGCGGACUUCAGCCGUCAACAUGGUCAAGGCGACUGCCGGUAGCUUGGCUCUGGUCACCUCCAAGGAGCCUCUUCGGGCCAACAUGACGAACUAUAUGCGGAACCUGGCUAAUGACCUGCCUUCGGGCCUUCCUGAAGGUACAAUCAUUAUGUGUGUGAACUCAAACCUCGAUCUAGCUUGCAACAUCAUUGAAAAGCAGGCUGAGGAGAGAGCGGUACCCGAGAUCGAGGACCUGCUGGAGGAAGAUAUUGCGGCCCGGAGACGGCAUCGCAUUCAACAGCCGAACGAGCCGUUCUACUCGGGCACCGUCAACCGCUGGGGAAUGACCAUUCCGAACCCAUACAAGCUCUCCCCGAACCACAAUGGCCUCAACCCCGAGCAGAUGGCAAUUUAUGAGGACUUUGCCAGGCAGCCGCGCAACGCCGUGACCUCUGGCGCUUCACAUGCGCCAUCCACCUCGGAUGCCACUCGAUCAAUGGCAAACGAGGUGCUGCAGGAGCCAUACAACGCCGUCCCGAAUCUACCCACCCCGGCCGAGACGCCAUCCAUCCAACACCUGGGCUCCCAGCUCCAGCCCUACGCUCCGGUUCACACGGCCGCCGCGAACACGAUGCCGAGCGGGCGGGCGGCUGGCUUCCAGAUGGAUGUCCGAGGCCUGGCUGAUCGCGUGAACAAGCUUCUCCAAGAGCUUUUGCGGGUUGCCGGCGAGGCUCGGGAGGAACACUUUGCGGGCCUCCCAAGACCGCAUCCGGUGCUCGAUGUUGUCGAUGCCCUGGUCCAGCUCAUCAUCAAGACGUCGCAGAAUUCCGAAGAGUUUGCCAUCUAUGCCGCGGAACAAAUCAGCGCCCUCAUCUUCCAGCAGGUGGAGGACAACCUGACUCUGGAAAGCCUCGUUCAUGUCCUUGAGACUCUCCGCAAGAUUUCCGGCCCUGCGCUGAACAAUCGCGUGCGGUCACUCUUCAGCCAACAGCCGGGACCAAACUUUCUGAGCUUGCCUCUUCUGGCCGCGUUGGUGCGUACCGAUCUGCUGGACUGGAGGAGCAUCGACUUGGCCAUGUCCAAGGCACUCGAGGUCCGAAAGGACGGCUCCCUGGAAUUUCUGGAACGCAUGCUCGAUCUCUCCCUGCUUGGCAAUCGUCCGAUUGCGCUGUACGCGGACUUUGUGCGAUCCCUCGAAGUGGCGUGGGCCUGGAUCUGCGACGACCCUAGCUCCCCUCCCGGACAGCGGUUGAAGAGCAAGCUCGUGGGCUCGGGCAUGCCUCAGCCAUCACGGGCAACCGACGGCGAUGAAGCAGUCGUGCGACAAGACCAGAUGGAGUACGUUUUCGAGGAAUGGGUACAUCUCUGCAACAACCAUAAUGCAUCGACCAAGGCUACCAGCGUCUUCAUCCAGCAGCUGCAGGCGAAACAGGUCAUCCGCGGGCGAGAUGACUUUUUCCUCUUUGUGCGCACCGCCAUCGACCUGUCGGCGGAUCGCUUCGAUCACAUCCUGCAUUCGGGAUCCAUCGGCGAUGCCUACGCCACGGUGGACUCUCUGGCGAGGCUGAUCAGCAUUUUCAUCACAAUGCACAAUGACGGCUCGACCUCCCGCGCAUCCUUUCUCGACUCCAUCUUGGUGCUGAUCGGUCUUGUUCUCAACCAUCACCACGUCAAGAGGGGAGAGCACCUGAACCAAAGGGUGUUCUUCCGCCUGUUUUCCAUGCUCUUGCACGAGACGCACAACAUGUUCGAGGACCUCGCAGAAGAGGAGCAGCGCAACAUGACGUUGAAAUUUGCGCAUAGAUUUCAAGCACUUGGACCGCUCCGCCUCCCCGGCUUCAUCUUUGGCUGGCUCUCUCUUCUGCAGCACCGAGUCUUCCUCCCGGUCUUGCUGCGGAUUCCAGACAAUGCCGGAUGGGGCCCCUCUGUGAAGCUGAUUGUCCAGCUUCUGGACUGCCUUAGUGAGCAGCUGAAAGCUUUUAGCGUGUCGCCUGUAACCAAGGAGGUCUACCGAGCCACGCUCAAACUUCUCGUCGUCCUUCAGCACGACUUUCCGGACUUCUUGGCGGCCAAUCACGUCAAGUUGUCUGCAAGCAUUCCGCCCCAUUGCACCCAGCUGCUCAACGCGAUUCUCUCUGCCAACCCUCAGCAAAGCUACGGCAAGCUGCCCGACCCGAUGCAUCCGGGACUCAAGGUCGAGCGGAUGGAGGAGAUGAAGACGCAUCCUGGGCUCAUCGACGAAUCGGUGGCGAUUUUGCGAGAAUGCGGGCUUCUCAAUGUCCUCGAGCAGAUCCUGCAGAGCGGGCCGUCGGAAGACGCGGUUGCCCAGAUUGCGCAUGCCAUGACACACAACAUGACAAAGGAAACCGCCUUUGGACACGUCGCAGUAGCCGCAAAUAACCACGUGAUCGGGGCGGUUCUUAUGUACGUUGGGCAUCACGCUGCGGACCGUGGCUCGCAAACAGCAAACUCGGCCUCCGUCAACGGCAGCGAGCCCGAUGUGUCGACGCUGUCACUUCUGGUCCACGAGCUUCCACCCGAGGCGAGGUACUACCUCUUAUCCGGCAUGGUCAACCAGCUGCGAUUUCCCAAUGCGCACACGGAUUUUUUCAGCCAACUCAUCCUCAACAUAUUUGGAAAGGACUUGAAUGACCCCGAGGAGUCUGAGAUUCGGCAGGAGAUUACGCGGGUUCUCCUGGAGCGACUUGUUGGCUUCUGGCCUCAGCCGUGGGGGCUCAUGUACACGAUUCUCGAAUUGGUCAAGAACGAAAAGUACAUGUUCUUCGACCUCCCAUUCGUCAAGUCAACUCCAGAGGUUGCCGACAGGUUCGCAGCCGUCCUGCAGCGGGCCUAG